AUGCUAACUACUUUCUCCCAGGUGAGAGACCGAGUUGACCACCGGCGCGGUUUGGUAUGGCGCCUCACAUGUGACCGGCAUGUCGAAGCUGUUCUUAUCGCUCUCUGCAUGGCAAAAUCGGUAAUUCCAUGCGAUGGAUGUGCCCAAGGAUUUGGUCCUUUCGAGAUCUGCGACGCGGACCCAAACGUCGCCGAGGGAGCGUGUUGUAACUGCCAUUAUUAUGGCAGCACUUGCAGUCUCAGCCGAAGAAGUAUUCGUCGCAAUCCAAAUCUGGAUCAUGCCUGUCAAGAGAAGGACAAGUCAUCUAAGAGACCCAUGCACCAGAGAUCCAAGUCCUCGGAGAUCGCACAGCAUUCGUGCUGGGGCGAUUCAGAAGAGGACGAUGAGGAAUACGAGGGCCCACCCCAAAAGCUCCGUAUCCUUGAUUCUGCCUCCUCACAAACUCAGCUCGAACCAGUGGCUAAUCACGCCAGGGAGGAGGUUAUCACGAUCAACUCCAGCCCUAUUGCUUCAAACGUGUCGCUCCCCCAGCAAGCUCACCUUGCAUCUCGGGAGAAGCAACGCGGAGAGGACCAGGGGGGUCGUAGACAUCCCCAAGGAAUGAGCCAUCAAGUGGCAGCAAGAGAACUCGAAGACCAGCGAAGCGGCCUGCAGGGUCUCCCUGCUUCACAAAACCCGGGCGAGUGCUCGGGAUCUCAAGCAUCGUCAACCGUGGGAUUUGGUUCCGGUCCUGCCAACUCGUACAGCCAAGGCAGAGGCUAG